ACCUAGAUUCUACAUAGAGAAGUGUUUUAUUAUGACAACACUUAAAAUACCAGAACAAAAAGUAAUCUUGUGUGGAGAAUAUGGAGUUGGAAAGAGUUCUUUAUUCAGAAGAUUUACAUCUAAUAGUUACACAACAGCAACUGAUCGCCAGUCUACUUUAGGAUUGGAUCAUUAUAGUAAACGUUACCAUGUAGCUGGAAAAGACAUAAAGCUUCAGCUAUGGGACACAGGAGGAAUGGAACGAGUCGCCUCAAUAACCUCUAGCUAUUACAAGUUUGCAGACGCUGCAAUACUUGUGUUCUCUUUAGAUUCACCUGAAUCAUUCAACAUGGUGUCACAACAUUUGCUUGAUAUUGUUUCAUAUGCUGAAAAUGCAAAAAUAUAUCUUUGUGGCAAUAAAUCGGAUCUUAAGUCUCUGAUUCAAAUAACAGACAGUGACAUGGAAGCCUUCUGUGAGCAGUGCCAUACCCUUGUAGCUGGGACAUUUACAUUAUCCUGCAAAACUGGUGAAGGAGUUGAUGAAAUGUUCUCCUGCAUUGCACUACAACUGGCAGAGAGUAACCGAUCAAAAUUUGAACUGGAAAAAUUGACAGAGAACAAUGGGCUACAACUGUCACAGCAAGAGGACAAUGAAAAUUUAAACAAAUGUUCCUGCUGAAUGAAUCAGUGACUGUGGUAUAGUGUAUUGAAAUAAUCUACUAAAUAUACUUUUUAAGGAAUCAA